UUAAAGUUAUGGUUGUCUUUGGGGUUUUAGCCCUUAUAAGUGCAUCUAUUGCGAUCGAUUUAAAAUCAGAAAACGAUGAAACAUCCGACUUUUCGGCCUCAUCGAGAGAUAUUACGAUUGGUCCAACCACUAUGGAUGACGAGAUGUUAUCUACUGCCGUAUCUGUCGUAACAUCAGCUCUUGUGAGAUAUAAUACUGCCACGGAACGAGUUUUAUUUAUACAAUCUUCUAUGAUCGCAGCUUAUCCAGACAUAUUUUUUAAUGUUGUUGAAGAUUACGGUGCCUAUACGAUUAAGUCUUCUCAAGGCGCUCAAAUUACCGGCCCUGAUUUAAAUGGAAAAGAUAGACGUUUUUUAAUUUUCUCUUAAAUAGUUAAAUAUAUAUAUACAUAUACAGGGCGCGUCAA